AUGAUGUCAUUGGAAUCGACGCUUCAUGAUCCGGCGGCGGCGCUGCAGCCACAGCGGCCGUCCGAAUCAGACAAGCCGUUUUCUAGUACUACUAGUACUACCGCUAUCGCAACGCCAGCGUUGGCGGUGACCGCAUGGCCUCCCACCGCCGCGACACUCGCGGACGCCGCCGGCUGUUUCUUUGACCUUCAAGGGGAAGUUUACCUUCCCCCUUGCGCCCCGCCGCAGCACCAUCUGGCCACAGGGUUCCGCAGCAACUCCGCAGCGGAAAGGGAGCAGAGCGGCCGGAGCGUGUGGGAUCAGGAAUGCUCGGAAGAUAUAGAAGACGUGGUGGUAAUCGGCGACCCUACUUAUGUGGCCUCAUGUGAAAGAAAAACGUUGGGUGUAGCGCCAGGGAAAACCGUCACUAGUGCUACUACCACCAUUACUGCUGGUACUAGUACCAGAUAUGAUUGUGGUCGCGUUAUGACGGGUGCGGAAGCUUUCCUGGCGGAAACACUUGGCGCUGCGGGGGGUGCCUCACCCUCCUGGCUCUCCGCUCUCCGCCAGCGCGCGGGGAGCAGGCAGCCGCGCGCGGGUGUCCACGGGCGGCGAUGGCGGAAAGGAGUUCCGCAGCGGAUGUCUGUAUGUAUGGGGUGGGAGCGAAAUGAGGAGGCUACUAUCGGUUGUGAUAAUGAGAUUACCACCAACCAUACCAGUACUACUAUGAAGAAUAAUAGUAUUGUUAACGAGGAACGAGAAUUGCCGCGUACGGAUUCUGGACGCACAGCAGCGCGGCCGCAUUUGCGAGACACAGAGGAUGCGGCAUCUGCUGAGCAUCGUGCGUUGGACGGAAUAGGGCAGAGAACAGCAGACGGGGAUGCAGCAGCAGGAACGGAGGCAGCAGCAGAAAGAGAUGCAGAAGCAAGAGGGGAAGCAGCAGCAGCAGGAGGGGUACCAUUAGGGAAGGCAUUCUGGGUAGGAGAGGCAUUAGGGCAGGCAGCAGCAGGAUGGGGUGGGAAGGCAGCAGCAAGAGCGGGGAGAAGCGGCAGGAGAGGAGGAGUCGAAGGUGCGCUGGCUAGGUUGAGGGAGGCGGGCGGGGAGGCGGUGGAGGAGGGCAGGUGCUGUAGUGACGAGGUCCAGAAGGAAGGACAGAACGGACGCAUAGGGGGGAAGGAGAGACAGGCGGACGGCAGCCGUGGUGCUGCUGUGUGCAUUGAGAACCUGCGAGGCAGGGUGAUGUGUGUGGAUCCGCAAGCAGGAAGGGCAGAUGAGGACGCACAAUGCGGGGAUGGAGCAGGAGGAGGAGCAGAAGGAGAAGCAGGCGCAGCAGCAGCAGAGGCAGAAGUUGCAGAAGCGGGAGUGGCAGAGGCAGAGGCAGAAGUGGCGCACUGUGCUGGCGAUGCAGGCAGCAAGAGGGUAGCGGAGACAACUGAGGAGAGGAACGGAAAGCGUGGAGCGAGAGUAGCAGCAGCAGAAACAGGAGCAGAAUUAGAAGCAGAGGCAGAAGCAGAAGCAGUGGCGAACUUAGCUGGCGAUGCAAGCAGCAAGAGGGUAGAGAAGUCAGCUGAGAAGAGGAACGGAAAGCAUGGAGAGCGUGUGGCGGCAGCUAAGCCUUCAGCCAAGCGAGCAAAGAAGCAGGCAGUUUCAGAUGGCAAACAGGCGGGCAGUGCGGGUGGGGCUGUGGUGUUAGAUGGUGCUGAUAGGGCGACGGAGCAGAGGCAGACCAGUGCCUUGGAGAGAAAUGGCACAGAUAGAAGUGGCUCAGGUGGUGCUGGUGGUGGUGCGGGUGGUUCUGAUGGUGCAGGUGGUGCUGCUGAUGGUGCGGGUGGUUCUGAUAGUGCGGGUGGUGCUGCUGAUGGUGCGGGCUGUGCAAGUAGUUACGGUCACGGUACAUGGAUUGAGGGGCAAGAGGAGGGAGCGACAUGUGAGGCCAAGGCGCCGCAAGCAGAGCGUAGGGACGAGGAGGGAGGCUGCAAGGAUGGCGGGCAGGAGGCAGAGCGUAGGGAUGAGGAGCAGCAGGCAGAGCGAAGGUUCAAGGGGCAGCAGCAGGCAGAGCAUCGGGACGAAGAACAGCAGGAAGACAGUAAGGAGGAAGUGGAAUGCCAACCGGCAGUGGAGCGCAUGCAAGAGGCGCAGCAAUGCUUAAAACAAGAUGAGCAGGGAACGCAGGCGAUUCAGUGUAAGCAGGAGAAGCAGGAGGAGCAGGGCAAGCUGGGGGCGCAGUGGGAGUGGGAGGACGAGUGGUUGGUGGGAGCGGACUGUAGCAGGAGGAGGCCGCGGUGCCGCAGCCUCAAGGAGCUCAUGCACGUCACCACCUCCACCACCACCGCUGCUACAGCCGCUGCUGCUACAGCCGCUGCUGGUGCAGGUGGCGCUGGUGGUGGUGGUGCUGCUGCUACAGCUGCGCAGAAGAGAAAGGGUGGUAAAGGGAAGGUCAAUGGCAGGUGGGGUGGGGAGAAGGGUGCAGGUGUUCCGGGCAAAGGGAAGGUUGGUUUGAAAGGGGCUCAGAAGGCCAAGGGCAGGGUACCUUGGAGUACUAGUAGGGUGUCUCUCUCGCCCUCUGUUUCCGCUUCUCCCUCUGUGGCCAGUGCUCCUAUGUCUGGUCCUGCUGUCAAUGCUUCUCAUUCCGGUGCUGCAACCAAUGCUGUAGCGUUCAAAGCGGCAUCUUCUGCUGCUGAUACUGCUGCUGUCGCGCCUGAUUCCGAUUCUCCUGAUGCUGCUGAUGCUGCUGAUGCUGCUGCAUCUGCUGCUCCCUCCGCCUCUGUUGCAAGCUUUCGGUGGGACGAUGAGACAAACGGCCAGUGCUUCCCCACUCCAAAGAAGAGGAGGCGAACAGAGGUGCAGCAGGUGGGGAAGACGAAUCCAGUCGAAAUGACUUCAAAGAAUCCUCAAAAGCAGGUCGGGAAGACGAAUCCAGCUGAAGUGGUUUCUGAAGCGGCACGUUUUGAGAUGCCUCCGAAAGUGGGAAGGACUGAUCCAGUGAAAGAGAGCCAGGCGGGCUUCCGUCCGCAAGGGAAGGGAACUGGGCUGGUUGGAGCAGAAAGGAAAGCAGGCUUCAAGAAUGUUGGUGUGCCUCGGCAGGUGGGGAGAUUUGAGGUACGGAAGAGGGAGAGGGAUGGGUGGAGGGAGGGAGUUGGAAGGGAGGAGAACGGGGGAAGGGAGGAGAAAAGGCAGGCAAAUGAGGAUUCGAGCAGUGCUGGUUCUGGUGGGAGUGGUAGUGAGAGUGGACGUGGCAGUGCGAGUGGGAGUGAUAGUGAGCGUUCCAGCGAGAGUAGGAGUGAGAGUAGGAGUGAGAGCAGGAGUGAGAGUGGAAGUGAGAGCAGGAGCGAUAGUGGGAGUGAGAGCAGGAGUGAGAGUGGGAGUGAGAGCGCUAGUGACAGUGAGACAGCUGUACAGGUGCGAGAGAGGAGUGGUUCACCCCCCUUCAAGAGUACGACUGUGCUAGAUCAUUCCACCAAACCACCCAUGGUGCCAGUACCACCAGUAUCAUCAACACCAGCAGCACCACCAUUGCCGCCUGUUACCAAACCCCUCCCUGCCCCAUCCCACCGCUCCCACCGCUCCCCUUCCUGCCCCCUCCCUCGGUUCCCCUCACAUGCGCCCCCCCCUCCACCUACCUCCUCCUCCCCCCAUUGGGUUCCCUCCUCUCCCUCCCCCCCGCUCCCCAUCCGCGCCCACCCCUCCCCCUCCCUCUCUCCGCGGCCCCCCUCCCCUGCUUCUCCGCCCCAUUCCCCUCCCUCUGCCUCCCCUGCUCCCCCUGCUUCCCCCACCCCCCAUGCUGCUAUAUCUGAGGGGGAUAGGGUGAAGAUGAGGGGAGGGGAAGGGAAGAUCUGGGGGGAGGAAGCGGGGCAAAGGGGGAAGGGUAGGGGGAAGGCGAGGGGGGGAGCUGUAAGGGGAAAGCGGAGAAGCGACGGGGGGGGUGUUAGGAUCAAUGGGGAAGAUGGGUGGAGGUGGAGGGCAAAGGGUGUAACGGAGCAAGGAGCAAAGGGGCCCACCAAGGAAGAUGAGGGGAGAAGAGCAGACGGAUUUACAAGGGAAGCGGAGGGGCGACGGGAGGGGAACGUGAUGCGAGGGGGGCAGCAGUUCACAGUAACAGACCGGCAGACGGGUGACAGGGUGGCGUUUGCGUUUGAUGCUCCUGAAGAGACGGCCGCAGCGCUGGCAAGCGUGCAUGUGCUGGUGGCGUUUAUAGAAGAGGAGGAGGAGCGGCUGCGGUGGAAGGCGCUUGGGGCGCAUUGA